GUUUUUUUAGUUACUUUUUGACCCUUGCGUUUUUGUUUGAGUUUUAUUGAAUAUUUUAGCGUUACUCUUUUUGCUCACUCUUUUUUUUUUUUUUUCCCUUUCAGCAAUGCACCACGACGAGGCUUCUUCCGCUGCGCCUGGCUCGCACGAGUACCACCCGCGCGACGCCCCGACGGACGUCAUCGGCAACAUGAUCACGACGUCUGCCAAGCUGGGCUGCGUCGGCCUGUUCGCUGGCUCGGUCCACGCCGCCUGGGUCCAGCAGCCAGCCGUCAAGGAGUUCACGGGCGUCCUCCUGCGCGACACUGCAGGCCACCUCGGCCGCUACUCGGUCGCAUUCGCUGCCGUCGGCGCGGCUUGGAGUGGCACGGAAGGCUUUGUUGCCAGCCUGCGUCACCAACGCGAUCCUUUUAGCGCUGCUGCUGGUGGUGCCGCCGCCGGUGCUGCUUUGGGCAUUCAGCGACUGAGCUUGCCAAUCGCUGUUUCCGCUGCCGUGGCCGGUGCCUCGAUUGCCGCUGCUGCAGAGUAUUUCGGCUCCUUCAAGCAAGCCAACAGCCACCAAGCCCGCGCUGCCCACUGGAACUAACCAGCAUUCGUGCAGUUUAAUCCGUUGCUGGUCUAUUACUGUAUUUCAAGCAAAGCUAUUCGGGAAUACGUGUCGAACUGAACAAGCAAGAGAUUGUUUGUUCGUCCCACUCUUUCCCCCGCCCCCGCCCCCGCGUCCUUCUUAUCUGUCUGUGUUGCUGCCGUUGUUUUGUAUUCAUGUGCGUUGUUCACCAUGUCAAAUCGUCCUUUUUAUUCCGA